GCAAUUAUAUUGAUGCAAGAAGUCAUUUUAACAAACGACGCAAAAGCAAAAAUCCUCCAUGAUUACUUAUCCCAAACAUAUGUUCCAUAACUCAGUGAUCAUCUUUUUAAGACAGAUGAGUAUUUAAAGAAAGAAGCAGAAGAUUUUGAAAAGUCAUGUUGAUUACUAUUUUAGGAUUAUUAAUCAAAGUGAUGAAUUAACAGAAGAGUUGGUCGAAAAAAAAACAGUGAUAAGUAGAACUGUCAAACAGCUCAUAGAUAAAAUAUAAUCUGAAUAGGUAUGUCCUAUAUUUAUAUUUAGGAAAAACUCAAAAAAAGCGAAACCUAUAAAAAAGGCAAGAAAGAUGAAUUGGCUGCUAUUCAAAAAGCUAUAGAUUCCAUCUCAAGUGCUAUGAAAGAAACCUGUUCAAAAGUAAUUCGUUAUAUCACCAUAUACAGAUUGAUUCAAAGGAACUGAAUAAAAUUGGUCAAUUACCAUAAGGAAUGGAUUAAUUCAUGUCAAAAUUGUUCCACAUCAUCUACAAUGAAGAUCAAGCCAAAUUCAAUUGGGCUGAUUUCAAAAAGAAAGUGUAUUAUUCAUUAAUUAAAUUUUCAGUUUUGAUUAAGAUAAAGGGGCUGAUUUUUAAAGUAGAUUAGCUAACUUUUAAUUUAAAGGAGUAAGUCAAGAGAAAGAAAACUUAUUACUCGAGAUGAAGGCUGAUCCACAAUUUUAGAAGGUCUUUUAAGAUCCUCAAUACACAAAAGCAUUCUUGGACAUAGCUGAUUGGGUAUAUAUUAUGACAACUAAAAUAGAUUCACUUUGCCGUUUCAGGUAUUGAGAAUUAAAAAAAGAAGGAUCAAUCAGCAGUAGAAUUUGAAAGAAUCGACAAAGAAUUUGCAGGCAGAAAGGUUGAAUUAGAAAGCUAUUAAAGAACCCAUGUAAACAUUCGUUAUUAGCUAUAGGAUUUUUGGGUUUCAUAACUUAAAUACGUUGAGGAUUAACAAGUUUUAUUGCAUUAAUUGUAACCAAACAUUAAGCAAGUGGCUCAAGAAAUAUAAGGUAGCAAAGGGUUAUUGGAACAACACAUUGGAAAAUUCAUUUAGGGAGCUGAGAAAAUUAAUGAGUUAAUGAUUCCAAACAUUUGAUAGUAUAAUAAAAACAAUAAUUUAUAAGUCAUAAUUCUUACAAAAAC